AUGGCUGAGGACUGGGAACCCGUUGAGCCCGAGGGCCUGGCUCUCGGGACGUACGCCACGACGGUUAUCCUCUCGGUUCUCUGCACGAUUGUGGUUCUUAUGCGGACGUUUGUCCGAGCGAGGAACCGGUGUCUCGGUACCGAUGACCACCUGAUGGUCGCGGGAUGGGCAUCGUACAUAGUACACAACGUCAUCGUGAUAGUCGGAUGCCAUCGCGGUAUAGGUACGGUGCGGAGGAAGCUUACUGAUGCCCAAGUUCGAGAGGGCAUGAAGUAUGUCUUCCUAUGGCAGAUCUUCUACGCCGCAACCCUCGUAUGCGUCAAAUCGAGCAUCUGCGUCACGGUCCUACGAAUAGCAACGGGAAAGGUAUACGUCUGGCUACUACGAGGCCUCAUCGGCUUGUCCAUCCUGAUGAGCUCGGUCGGAUUCAUCGUCAUCAUGGUGCAGUGCCAACCGGUUGAGGCCUUCUGGGACCCAUCCAGGGGGAAGUGCAUGAACAAGAUCCUUCCCACGAUCCUGACGUACGCGGCGUCGGCUGCCAAUGUCAUCACUGACUUUGCGGUCGCGACUAUUCCCAUGGUUCUUGUGCGGAAGCUUCAGAUGAGGUCCAAGUUGAAGCUGUACGCGCAGCUGAUUAUGGGUCUGGGAGUGCUAGCGUCGAUCGCAAGCAUCAUCCGAGUCCCAUAUUCGAACGCAUAUCUUCAGCCUUCGACCUUUGUGUAUUCCGUGGCAAACAUCAUCCUCUGGACUGUGGUAGAGUGCGGAGUAGGCAUCAUCGCCGGCUCCCUCCCAUCACUCAGAGCAUUCUUCAAGAGCCUCGCAAAGGACAAGAGCACCCAAGAGUACAGUGGAUCUCACCACACCGACCUCUUGACCAUCGGACGUGUACGAGACAGGCAAACGAGAUCAGGUCGCUCCCAUGGGAUAGAGCUAGGGCCUGCUGCCACUGCCACUGUUGACUAUGGAGAUACCAACCAAGAGCGAGAUGACGAUAGUACUCGUCAUAUCAUCAAGGUGACGAGGGAGUUUGGGUUGGAGCGUAGUGGAAGUGAUGAGGAGGAGCUGUAUCAGGAAAGAGAGACAAGGGAUCCAAGGUUACAAAAGGGAAUGGUGUAG